AGUGGUUGACUUUGUAGCCGAAAGAUGUGGCGGUGAAGAGCUUCUGGACAAAAUGAUUCAGCAAGAAACCACCACCCCUGCCCAGCCGCAAGGCAGGCAGCCCCCACCCUGGCCCCCCGUUCCCCAGCACCGACCCGGGGGCCCACAGCAAGCACUGCCUUCCGCGCAGCUAUGCGGCCCGCCAGGGUGCUGCUCGCCUUCUACGGCCUGGUCUUGAGCAUCAUGGAGAGCCCUUCCGCAGAUUUUUGUUCCCAGAUCUUGAACUCAUCUGCAAAGCCAGGAUUUCCCAAAACAAUCAAGACCAAUGACCCAGGAGUCCUCAAAGCGGCCAGACACAGUGUUGAAAGGUUCAACAACUGCACGAAUGACAUCUUCUUGUUCAAAGAGUCCCACAUCAGCAGAGCCCUGGUCCAGAUAGUGAAAGGCCUGAAAUACAUGCUUGAUGUGGAAAUUGGCAGAACUACUUGCAAGAAAAACAAUCACCCCAGUCUGGACAACUGUGACUUCCAAACGAACCACACCUUAAAGCGGACUCUCAGUUGCUACGCUGAAGUCUGGGUUAUCCCCUGGCUCCAGAGGUUCGAGGUGCCCGUUCUCCAUUGUCACUGACUUUGGCCUCUCAGCAAUACUACAGCUGCUGUCGCUUCUGAAAUAGUAUCUCCCAGCGAGCAGAAUGGAAGUGCCCAUGGGUUCAUUACAGAGUAGCUGGGAUGAAAGCUACUAGAUUAAAUACACUGAAUUCUCUUCUAAACUUAAUUUUACUGAUACUGUGCAACUGGAUUCAGGGUCUGAACAUAUGGAACUGAAUCCUCCAAUGGGAAUGUUUUGGGUUCUCGACCCCUGAGGGAGCCCGGGAGCCCCUCCCACCCAGUUACCUAGUGAUUCCCACCUGAUUAUCCCAUGGUCCCAGGUCCCCAAUAAAAGCCCAGAGAUCCAUCCUUUUGUCUGAAUAGUUAGAGCACUGAGCAGGGAGACUCAGUCUACUAUUGAGCAUCUUUACUUUUUGUGGAUGAAUAAAGCUCUGAAUAAAUAUAAAUAAAGAAUUGACCAUCUCGAAGUAAUGGGUGUUGCUUUACCUGCUAUAGGGCAUCAGGAAGGUGAGGCGAGCAUUGUGAGGGGUCCCCUUCACUGAGUGGUCUGACCAGUCUAAGCUACCUCCAUAAAGCACUCCGAUGCUUUUCCAGCCAUUGGCUCCUGGUUCCAACAUACUGGAGACCAAAGCAACCAGAAACAGGCCAGCCUGUGUCCACAUCAUGAAUUGGCAAGGGAGGUAACACCCCACAGAAGACGCACACCCUCCAGCUGUGCUUUCUGCUGAUUGUGGGUUGCCCACCCAAGUCUCUCUACUGCCUUUGAGGCUCAGCAUCUGCACAGCUGUGCUUAGAAAGGUGAGGUGGGAUGGAGUGCUGGGACCACACCCCACAGCCCCACCCAGGAGAGGGAACACACUCAUGGCCCCGUCCAGGACAGGUAGCACCCCUAUACAGACCCAUAAGGAAAGGGAGCACCCCACACACAACCCCUCCCAGGGGAAGGAGCAACCCUCCCACAGCCCCACCCAGGAG